AUGCUAAGUUUGUCCCUGAGGCGAAACCUCGGACUCGUAAGCAUAACUGUGACGCUGUUCGAAGUUAUUGGAUGGCAUGGAGAGCUCAGAAAGCUAGGCAGAGCAACCCUCGAGCAAAAUGAGAUUGCUCGCAUCCGCAGUCUGCGAAUAGAAGUGAUCCAUAGCGCUAAAAGCUGGUUCAAUUCGGAAGUGACAGCAGAGAAGCCUUUAGUGCACAAUGUAAAGGUGGACAUCUUAGUAGACAACAAGCCGGUUUCCUAUUUCAAAUAUUUUCUUGGACCUCCGGAGCUGGAUCUUGCCUACUACGAUGAUCCCUUGUGGAAUAGAUGUGAUCCACAAGUAGAGUGCUGUCUCAUGCCUCACUACGUCAACUUCACUGAGAUAGGUCAUGUGUCAAUAAACCAACAAACUGUCUGA